GCGGCGGAGCGGGCUGGGCUGCGGUGCCGGUGCGUGGGGAGCGGCGGCGGCGGCCCGGGGCGGGCACCCCUCGCUGGCUCGGCAGUAGCAGAAACGGGUUCGGGGAGCGGGGGACGCAGCGAGAGAGCGCGGAGCCCCUUGCAGCUUCUCGAGCGGCGCGGCCUGCUGGGAACAGGCCCCGGGGAGCCCGCCCGGCCGGCGCCGCCGCUCCCGCGGCAGUGCUGGGUGCGCAUGCGAGGGAGGGGGUCGAUGGCACCAAAAAGCAGAAUGCCUGUAAAUAGCAAUAUAAUGACAGAAAUUAGAGGACUUAACUGUAUCCAUAUAUUGAAUUCUGUCUCAAGUUUUCAGUUCCAUCAGCCAGGAAACGUGGCAUUUACAUAGUCAAAGUGUAUAGCAGUGGUUCCAUCUUUUAAACCGAUCCCUUAAAGCCAGCUGUGCUGCUCAGCACGGCAAUCAGGGUGUGCUUGCUUGCCUGCCUGGUGAGAAGGUAAAGGGGCAGUUGUAGCAGUUAAGGAUUACUUGACUUUUCCAAUUCUAGGGGUUUAUUUUUUUUUAUUUCUACACUGUUGAUCUUGGUUGCAUUUGAUACCUUAGAAGAUCUUUCAUUCAUUUUUUAUUGUUUGUUUUCUUGAAGGCACGACAGAGGAUGACAGAUGCAAAAUGCAAAGCCAAUGAAAGUUUGUUUUGUUUUGUUUUGUUUUGUUUUUUCUUCUAGGUAUUACAGAAUUAAGGAAAUAUGGCCCGACUGAAGUAGCCUGUGCCAUGUAAAUGCUUUGAAGUUGUGUAAUGGCAGAAGCUAGGUCUUCAGAAAUUAAAAGGUCCCGAAUAAGUUUGUCACUCAAUAAAAAUAAGAAGAAAAAAGGAACAACAAAAAAGGUGGAAGGUAAAGGAACACCUUCAGCAUCCUCCUCUAUUACUUCCUUUUUUAACAAUGUUCCACCUGCCAAAAUUACUUGUCCCAUGUGUGGGCAAAUUUUGCCAAGGUAUGGAAUAAACGAGCACAUGGAUGAAACAUGUCAGAGAAAACAUGGUGAGAUUGGUGCAAUUAAUUCAACACUCAACUCUUUUAGGAAGGGGGGUCCCCCAGCUGCAAAUGUCAACAAUAAUUCCAGCUCAUAUUUUUCAAAAAACCUCAGUCCUUCCAAAAGCAAUUUACUGAAAACAGAAGAGAGUGCAGCACAACAGAUUAGUCCUUAUUUUAGCAAUAAUACUUCAGUCUGUAGUGUUAACAGUACACCACAGGCUCAAACAGUUAAAAUCAUCUCUUUGGGAAGCUUGUCAUCUAAGCUGUCUAGAAGAUGUAAUACCCAGGGAGGAAAACAGAUUGUGUAUAAAGAGAUCAACACUUUGCCUCCAGCUGUGCACAAUGUGUGCAGAAGUGCUGCAGCACAGGAGGAUGAUGAUGAGAUUUAUGCUGGGCAUUGUUCUCAGAAAGAAAAUCAGGUUUCUGAGAGUGAGUGCCAGGAACAAAAUUUUUGGAAGAAGGAACCUGAAUUUCAGGAAGAAAUACACAAAUGCAGUGGAGAAGACCUUGUGGAUAUUGUUCAGGUAUCAUUACCAGCUGAUAACAUUAAUGGCAAAUCGUUACCAGUUGGUACAGGGAGCACGAAACCAGAAAGGUCUGAAGGUGUGAUGCUUAGUCCUGAUAAGUUUGAAACACAUCUAGCCAUUUACACUUCAGCAGAGCUGACCAGUAGUUUGGAAGUCAAGACUCAGCCUCACACUGAAGUAAUUCCUUCUUCCAAGAGAGAGGUGAACUGCGGUACACAAGAUUGCUUAGGCAAGGGUGAUGUACUUCCUGUGGAAGGUCAUGAAGACUUUAAGGAUGAGAUGGAUCAUGCUUUGUCAGAAACUGUGGAUAAAGUAGAAUAUCAGAAUUCUGCUGGGGACGUUUUAGACAAAAUAAAUGAGGUUUGCUCUGUGCCGAGCUCUCCUGGUCACCCAUAUUACCUCCAGAAUUUUUUAGUGGUGCUACGAGCAGUGUUGGAGAACGAAGAUGAUGCCAGACUCUUUGAUGAGCAAGAUAUGAACAUUAUAAUGAAGUUCUGGAAAUUAUCAGAAUCUGAACUGGAAGACCUGUGUGAAGGGUUGGAUUUGCUUUCAGCCCCUGAGCUAAAAACAUUGGCAAAGAUCUUUCACUUGCCAAACCCAAAUGGUCAGAAACAGCAACUUGUGGAUGAUUUUCUGAGGUUGGCAAAACAACGUUCAUUCUUCAGCAAGAGUCAGUCUGGUAUUGGGACAGUGAUUUUAAAAAGGGUGAAGGACCUGGCUGGAAAAUCUGUCAGGGUCUGUAAAGGCCCUCGGGCUGUCUUUUCUCGAAUUCUGCUGCUAUUUUCACUGUCUGAGUCAAUGGAGGAUGAAGAAGCUGGUAGUGCUGGUCAAGGCCAGCUCUCCACAGUCCUUAUGGUAAACAUGGGGCGUAUGGUGUUCCCCAGUUACACUGUAAAUAGGAAAACACAGGUCUUCCAGGACAGAGAAGAUCUUAUCAGGUAUGCAACUGCUGCUCAUCUGUCAAAUGAUAUAGCCACUGCAAUGGUAAAUGGGAACUGGGAAGAAGCUAAUCAUCUAUAUAUGUGUGCUAAAGAAACCUGGAAUGAACUGAAAAAUCAUCCCUCUUUGAGCUGUCACAGAGUUUUACCUGAGUAUCUGCGACAUUUCACAGUUGGCUGGGUGUAUACAAGAAUCCUUUCUCAAGGCGUUGAAAUUUUGCAGAGACUUCACAUGUAUAAGGAAGCGGUGCAGGAGCUGCAGACUCUCCUGUCUCAGGAUGUGUAUUGUACUGACAGCAGAGGGCGAUGGUGGGAUCGCCUAGCUCUGAAUUUACACCAGCACUUGAAAAACACUAAGAAGGCCAUUCACUGCAUUAGAAACGGGCUGGCAGACCCGUUUGUACGUACGGGGCACCGUCUCUCUCUCUACCAGCGGGCCUUACGAAUCAGAGACUCACCAAGCUGCAAGCAGUUCAGAUGCCUGUUUUAUGAUCUGCCAGUCAUAACUGUGGAGGAUGUGACACACGUUACAAUCAAAGGAAAGAUGUGUCCUCAGAUGGGAAUGGGAAAGUCUGUAUUUCUAAUGGAGGAUAUUGGUGAUGAAGAAGGAGGCGAAGACUCCAGUGUAUCCACAGUUAUGUGCUCAGUUGAGGAGCUGGCGUUAACUCAUUACAGGCAGAAUGGUUUUGAUCAGGGUAUCCAUGGAGAAGGCUCAACAUUUAUUACACUGUAUGGUAUUCUAAUGUGGGAUAUCAUUUUCAUGGAUGACAUACCUGACGUGUUCAGAAAUUCCUAUCAGACAUUCCCCCUGGAUUUGUACACUGACAGCUUCUAUGAGAACAGGAGGGAUGUCAUUGAGGCCAGACUCCAGCAGCUCUGUACAGCUUCCUCAGAGACACUGGCAAAGUUGAUCACCGACGUCUGGACCACUCAGGAGGGAAAAGCAGCAGCACUAGUUAGCUGGGGGCGUUUUAGUUCCCUCCAGCAAGUUCAGAGCCUCGUCUCUUGCCUUGGAGGAACAUUUCUGAGUGGUGUUUUUAGGCACCUUUCCAAAGAUCUACGCCAUUGCAGAGGGGGACUUCCUGACCUGGUUGUGUGGUGUACACACACUAAUCACUUUAAGCUGGUGGAAGUGAAAGGUCCCAACGAUCGCCUGUCCCACAAGCAGAUAAUCUGGCUGAGCGAGCUGAAGCAGCUGGGUGCUGCAGUGGAAGUUUGUCACGUGCAAGCCAUCGGCGGCAAGAGUAAACGCCUCAGUUGACAGUAGAGGCCUUGAUCUCCACAGUGUCCCUGCAUUUCUUGGAAGAAACAAACACACACGCCCACGAUUUUUUUUGUUAGAGGAAGUGAAAGAAAACCACCUCAAGUUUGCUGUGGAAAGGUAUGAACUUUUAUUUAGCCUAAUUUACUUCACAUUCACAACUCAGCAUCAGGGUUUUAUGAGCUUCCUGGCACUGCUACUUUACUCAAUAAGUCAUUAUCAGGCACAAAGGUUUUAGUUUCAGUUGAAAUAGUGAACUCAAACCAUCACAGCAACAGCAUUAGAAACCUACUGCCUAGAGCAAUUUGAGGUACAGAUUUCUGUCUCUUAUGUUAGAGGAAAAUUUAAGAUUUCAUCCUUUGCUUAAAUAUAUGUUAGAAAUUUUUUGGUUUUAAUGUCUUUCCAUCUGAGAGUAAGCCAGAACCUUUGCCCCACUUGCUACAUUUUCAUUAAAAAUCCAAGGCAGUUAGUAUCAAAGUGGUAUUGCAGGCAGGUGCACAUUGAACACAGGUGCAGGCCUGGGUAUACAUAUACACACAAACACACACUUUCCAAUGCAUUUCUGGAAUGAAAUAAAUGUCUUUGAUACAUGGCAGUAAAUGGUGACUAAAGUACUACCAUGAUCAGUAAGUCUACAAUAAGAGCUACCUUGCAGUAACUAAUGACACUGGAGGUACACUAACCAUAUCAACCAGCAUUUCAUAUUUCCCCCCAAGUGGUUUACAGUGUAGUACAAAAGUCAUGAUAUAACAGCCAGUAACAGCCAAAAUAGUGCACGUUUUCUAGAAACAGACAAAGAAAAUAUAAGUUUCUUGGUAGUUUUUCUAUUCUUGCAACACCAAAAUGGCAUUAACAGUAUCUUGUUUUAAAUGGUGAACAGAAAUUAAAAUUCAAAAAUGUGUACAUAUAUAUAUAUACACACACACAUAUAUAUACACACACCUGUAUGUCAGUAUUCUGUACACAGAAGUUAAAGAUAUGUACUCAGACCCCAAAAUUGCUUUUGAAAGUUAUUAAGGGAUGUUCAGAGCAGUCCCUACUGACUAUUAAUAAGGCAACUGUGCAGACUGGAGAAUAUUUUUAAAUUAACAUUUAGUACCUGUCUUUUCAAAGUAAAUUAAAAAUUUAAGAUGUUUAACUUAAGAGGAAGAAACAACAUACGCAGGCACGCAUGCACACACACACAGACGCACACAGUAGUUGUUCAGACUCCUCAGGAGGCAAGGCCCCUGCCACCACAAGGAAGCAGAACCUUGUCAUCAUUUCUAUAGGGGAAGGUGAGUAGCUCCCCUUCCUCCCUGCUGGAGGUGCCCCCCCUCUCCUCCCCCUGCUGAAUGCCAGCUUGGCCUCUGCUUGCCUAACUCUCCUUUUGGAACGGUGUAAAAUUUCUGUAAAGUCUAUUUGGCAAAUAGUUAGACAGGUUUUGUUUAUGAUAAAGGCAUAUUAUUUUUAACCCCCUCCCAUGCUAUAGAUAUAAAAUACAAGGACUAUCUCCAGCAUCUGUACACGUCUUAGAGCUGAAAUGUAGAAAUGUCUGAAAUCUCCUUAUAAAAGACAAUCCUGUUUAAAUAUAGUACCCCUUUUUUCCCCCAAAGGGUACUAGCCUAAACAUUUUUUUUUUUUUUUAUUCCACGAGCUGCCUGUGUGGAAUAAGUUAUUUACACAUUUUUGGUACCUUUAAACCAAAAAAGUUAUACUUUUAAGGAAAAAAAAAAAAGACACCCUAGUUUUAACUGUGAUUUUUAAAGGAAAAAAAAAUGGUACCAAAAGACACUAAGCACACAGGUUGAGGUCUUUUAUGUCAAGUAUCAGGCCAGGGAAAGCAGUAAGCUAAUGAAAAAAAGGAAAAA